ACUUUUAUUUCAGAAUAGCUUACAAAGAAUGAGUUCAGUAAACGUUUGAAAUAUUACAAACCAGAUUUAGUUAUUGCUCUUGCUAAUUAUACAUCCAUUAGGAUGGUUGAAGAAACCAAGGUGAUCUACCAUAUAGAUGACGAAGAUACACCGUAUCUAGUAAAACUCCCCGUUGGACCGGACAAAGUAACCCUCGCAGACUUCAAGAAUGUUCUCAACCGUCCCAACUACAAGUUCUUCUUCAAGUCGAUGGACGACGACUUCGGUGUUGUGAAGGAGGAGAUUAUAGAGGAGGAAUGUCCUCUGCCCUGCUUUAAUGGCCGGGUUGUCAGUUGGCUUGUUUCGGCGGAUACUAGUAUUCUCUCAGAUUCAGGUUCCCAGUGUGGUACUGAGAGUAUUCCUCCUGGUGUUGAACGAGGACCUGGAGUAGGAGAAACCAGGCCUCCUUCCUUCCAUGGAGGUCCUCCUAUACCUAUAGACGUAGGAUGGCCAGACGAUACAGGAACAGACAUUGAGAGUUCUCAACUGAGAACAGAUACAUUUGAUGACACUGAAUCUAGUAUAACCUCCGUGAGUCAGAUCGGUCGCAGGAAAUACGAGCAUAGAAUGCCACUCAACGGUCGCUCACAUAGACUCAGGGCUGAAGGUGGAGUAUUCCGAAAUGAUGCGUCUUCAAUAUUGUCCUCCGAGAUUGACAGUUCUUAUUUUGAUACCGAGGAUAAUGAAUCCAUGGCUUCAUCUAGAUUUACCACUUCAACCGAGGCAACAUCUGUAUCACGGCAGCAUGCAAACCGGAUGCGGAAACAGAAAAGAUUAAAACACAAAAAGCCGACCCACCUGUCCCGAGCAAGUUCUAUCUCCAGUGUGACGGACUCCACCUUGAGCUUGAACAUCAUCACGGUCACCUUGAACAUGGACACCGUCAACUUCCUCGGCAUCUCUAUUGUUGGACAAUCUAAUCAGGGUGGAGACGGUGGUAUCUAUGUUGGAAGUAUUAUGAAGGGAGGUGCAGUAGCUUUAGAUGGAAGAAUUGAACCUGGAGAUAUGAUCCUACAGGUUCACGACAUAAAUUUUGAAAAUAUGAGCAAUGAUGAGGCAGUUCGAGUACUGAGGGAUGUUGUUCAAAAACCUGGACCUAUUAAGUUGGUUGUCGCGAAAUGUUGGGAUGCAAAUCCAAAGGAUUACUUUGAAGUUCCUAAAACUGAACCAGUCAGACCAAUUGAUCCAGGUGCUUGGGUUGCACACACUGCUGCAGUACGGGGACUAGAGAUGCCCCAGCCUCCACCUUCCAUCAGUGGAUUCCGAGAUCUGGGUUAUGGAAGAGCUCCAAGUGUUACAACUCUUACUAGUUCUAGUCCUAGUCUAGCCAGUACAGUUCAGGUUGGUUGGGCGGUUGGGUGGUUGGUUGGGUGGUUGGUUGGUUGGGUGGUUGGUUGGGUGGUUGGUUGGUUGGGUGGUUGGUUGGUUGCUUGA